AUGUCUGUCUUCCAGUGGUCUCGGGCCGUGAACAAGAGCGCGUCUUCCAAAAGUUCAGAACUUGGCGAUCUCGAGGAAAGUGCUUACCGCGGUGCUAGAGAGAUUCGUCCAUAUAUCAAGACAGGCAUCCUAGCGGCAUGCCUCUCUGCCGCUGUGCUGUUUACUUGGUUAUCGACAGGAGGAAGUGGCCUGGACGCUAUAGCUGGACCGUUAUGCCCUCAGGUGUCACCGCUAUACCCGCAUGCCCAGAGGGAAUUAUGGGAAGACCUAUCGAGGACGUUCGCAUCGGCUGCCUUUCUCGACAAAAUUGUCCAUCUGCUGAGUGGCGCAGUCCAAAUUCCGACAGAGGUCUACGAUGAAAUGGGUCCUAUUGGCGAGGACACACGCUGGGAGGUCUUUUCUGAUCUUCAUGAUUACCUUCGAGAAGCUUUCCCCCGAGUUCAUGCCUCUCUGGAGUUGACUAAAGUCAACACCUACGGCCUUGUUUAUGUUUGGAAGGGAUCGGAUGAUUCUCUCAAGCCCCUUCUAUUGACCGUACAUCAAGAUGUUGUGCCUGUAAAUGCAGAGACGUACGAUCAAUGGGUUUAUCCGCCAUUCUCAGGAUUUUAUGACGGCGGGUGCAGAACGUAUGUAUGGGGGAGGGGAAGUUUAGACAGCAAAAGUGGUUUGAUCGGUAUCCUGACCUCUAUAGAGCUGAUGCUUGAGAGCGGUUUUAAACCGAGGAGAGAAGUCACCCUCGCUUUUGGAUUCGACGAGGAGGCAGGUGGCAAGAAUGGAGCGCAUGAAAUUGAGGCGUAUCUUCUUGCAACGUACGGAGAGAAUGCGUUUGCAAUGCUAGUUGACGAAGGCGGUGUCAUUGAGGAAGCGUAUGGUCGUGCCUUUGCUCUUCCUGGGAUCGCUGAGAAGGGGUACUUGAACGUACGAGUUGAUGUAGCGGCACCAGGGGGCCACUCAAGCGUACCACCCGCGCACACGACGAUUGGCAUGCUCGCGCAGCUUCUUGUGCAAUAUGAAAACCACCCACCUGAAGUACGGCUUUCUCGUGCAUCACCCAUGUACCAGCACGCGCAAUGCCUUGCAGUCCACGCUCCUGGUCUUUCUUCGACUCUCCGGGAGGUGAUCAAGAGGUCUGUUACGUCGGACAAGGCAUUGGCCCUCGCGGAGAAGCAGCUCUUCCAGGAUCCUGUUUUCAAAGCACUGGUCUCCACGACCCAAGCCGUCGAUAUAAUCGGCGGUGGCGUCAAGUCGAACGCACUCCCGGAAAAUGCGAUGGCUAUCAUCAAUCAUCGCAUUGCCACUGAUAGUUCCGUUGCCGCAGUGCAGGAGCAUAGUAGCAAAAUCUUGAAACCUUUAGCUGCAGCGUUCAAUCUUUCGUUCACGGCGUUCGGGUCUAACAUCACAAGUGAUGCACCUGCAUCUGGGUCUCUGACGCUUAGCGACGCCUGGGACUCUGCACUUGAGCCGGCGCCUAUCACCCCUACUGGCGAGGACUCUGUACCGUUUCAGUUGCUCUCUGGAUCGAUAAAGGCGACGUACGAAUCGCAUCGACCUCUGUCUAGCUCUAAAGACGGCAUUGCAGUUAUCCCGAGCCUUGUAUCUGGCAACACUGAUACGCGAUCCUAUUGGAAGCUCACACCAUAUAUUUUCCGUUACACGCAUUACAGGGAAAGCCCCAUGUCUCUCCCAGCGCAUACUAUCAAUGAAGGGUGCGAGGUCGAAAACCUCGUCGAGAUGGUCAGGUUCUUCUCAACGCUCAUCUUGAACGCAGACGAAACCGCUCUGUAA